AUGAUCAUUUUCUCUGUAAACAUUAGAGGAGGAGCUAAGAGGGUGAAGAGGAAGAGAAUUGGUUUUAAUAUUCAGAGAGGUAGGGUGGAUGUAGCUUUUAUUCAAGAAACCAAGUUGAGGAAUGUCCAUCAUCAAUAUGUUAAGGAGUUGUGGGGUGAUGAGUGGGUGGAGUGGUCUCACUUAGAGGCCGAAGGGUCGGCGGGAGGUAUUCUUAUUAUGUGGAAGAAAGAUUUGUUCAAUCUCAUUUACAGUUUUCGUGGAGAUGGUUAUUUAUGUGUGUGUGUGGAAAAGGAUAACAAAAGAAUAUAUUUCAUCAACAUCUAUGCUUCUUGUGAUCAUAAGGUCAGAAUGAACUCAUGGAGGAAGCUUGUGGAUUUGAAGAGGAGGAGUGUUGUUGGCUCUUGGUGUUUAGGAGGGGACUUCAAUAUGGUUACAUCUCCGGAGGAGAGAGUAGGUAUUUCGAAGAAGAAUUAUAAAAGGGAGAUGGACGACUUUAAAGAUUUCAUUAAAGAGAUGGAGUUGGUGGAUCCACCCACGAUUGGAGGGAAGUUUACUUGGUCUAAUAAGUGUGGUAGCGCGAUGAGUAGAUUGGAUAGAUUCUUGUUGACCCCUUCCUUCAUUGAUGAUUGGAAGGUUGAAGGACAAACUAUAGGAGGAAGAGAUGUGUCGGAUCAUGCUCCCAUUUGGAUUCGAGACAACAAAAGGAAUUGGGGACCCAAACCUUUUAGAUUCAAUAAUCUUUGGUUUAGUCACAAGGACUUUUUCUCUUUUGUGGAGAGGGAGUGGAACUCUUUGGAGGUGAAGGGUAGGGGGGACUAUUGUCUUGUUGAAAAAAUGAAGGCUCUAAAACUCAAAUUGUCUUUAUGGAAUAAGGAGGUGUUUGGAUGGAUUGAUCUUAAUAUAGAGGAGGCGGAGAAAGAGAUGCAUUUUUUAGAUAACACGUUUUGA